GCUGUGUUUGGUACUGUGUGGUUGUUACUUUUGAAGAAGGCUGCAGAAGAGACGGGACAGGGAUUCCUAAAACACCACUGCUCAGUAUGACUAUGGUGUCACGUCUCUCCAUGCAGACGGUGGUGUUUCUAGCUGUAUAUCUCUCCUCCACCUGCGCCCGAUAUCACGAUUUCCCACAGAAACCCAUCCUUAAAUUUGCUGACAUUACAGACGACUUCAAACCAAGGGAUGCAGCUGAAAACACUGCAAGCUAUUGGCAGAGCCAAAGUAUGGCAGCGUUGCAGCGGCACCUGGAGACAUCCCUGCGCACCGGUCCUGCCAAGAAUGUGAUCCUGUUCCUGGGGGACGGUAUGUCUAUCGCUACCGUUACUGCGGCCAGGAUAUACCUCGGACAGCUAAACAACCAAUCUGGUGAGGAGUACCAACUUUCCUUCGAACAGUUUCCCUUCACUGGUCUCUCCAAGACUUACUGUGUCGACUCGCAAGUGGCGGACUCAGCAUGCUCGGGGACAGCGUACUUGACCGGCGUGAAGAACAACAUCCAGACCCUCGGGGUGACUGCUGACGUCACCAGCAAGGAUUGGAGAGCCAUGCAGAAUCCUGCGUUCCACACUCAUUCCAUUAUAGAGUGGGCACAAGAAGCCGGCAAAGGAACAGGCAUCGUCACUACCUGUAAGGUAACUGAUGCUUCUCCAGCAGCCGGCUACGCACACUCUGCCUACAGAUAUUGGCAGAAUGACCAAGACAUUCUUAAGGACGUCCCUGGUGCCAAAGGAGUGCAGGAUAUCGCUUCUCAGUUGAUAGAAAAUAAUCCUGGAAAAGGAAUUAAGGUCAUCCUUGGAGGUGGACGUGGGAACUUUAUCCCGCAGGAGAAUCAGGAUGAAUACAGCAACAAUGGCCUACGGGGAGACGGCAAGGACCUGAUCAAAGUAUGGAAGUCGCAGAAGGAAGUAGCUAAUGUCAGCACAUCCUACAUCACAAACCGAGAUCAGCUUUUGGAUUUAGAUGUCAAUACCACUGACUACCUUUUAGGAUUGUUCCACCACGGACAUAUGGACUACCACCUCCAUGCUGACUCAUCUCUUCAGCCCACUCUGGCAGAGAUGACGACCUUGGCUAUCAAGAUGAUGCAGAAGGAAGAAAACGGAUACUUCCUGUUCAUAGAAGGUGGUCGAAUCGAUCACGGACAUCACGAAAACAGAGCUCACUUAGCCCUGGACGAGACUGUUGAGUUCGACAAAGCUAUCGAGAUAGCACUCAACAUGACAAGCCAGGAAGAUACCUUAAUAGUUGUAACUGCUGACCAUUCUCACACUAUGACAAUAAAUGGGUACCCACGUAGAGGUAGUGACAUAUUUACUACCCUGAUGACAACUAUGGAUAACCUGACGUACUCUACAUUGUCGUAUGCUAACGGGCCCAACAACCAUCGCUUCGAGCUCAACAGCCACGAGCAACACGAUAUUUCCACUGAUCCCAGAGAGGACCCGGACUACACGUUCCCCACGAUACACCUGCUCAACUACGAGACACACGACGGGCAGGACGUGGGAGUGUACGCGCGAGGACCGUCCGCUCAUCUCCUCGUCGGUAACUACGAGCAGUCGCUCAUCCCCCACGUGAUGGGCUACGCGGCCAGGAUUGGUCCCGCUGCUGCGAUAGCUCCUAAAGUAGAAACUCUCUUAACCUCAUCCUCAUAUAGCGUCACACCAACACUAAUAUUAGUUCUAUUUUCAGUUAUAAUUCUUGUAAAACUUUGAUCCACCAAGUGAACGUAGUUAUUUUACCGUUAUUUCACUAUAACCAUUCCAGUCUUUCAUGUCCUGUACUUACAAGGUUAUUCCAUCUGUGAAUGUACCUCAUUCAAAUUAAAAGUUAUUUAUUUUUCAUAUUUCUUUAAAACUG